AGCUCUGGAAUCCUAAUUGGCAAGUGGCCCGACAUCCGUUGUGAUCGACGGUGGUUACGCUACGACUUGCUCGACAUCGGGGCGCGACGACACUCAGCUGGCCUGGAGAUAUGCCUUCAAAUCUUGCUGCUCCGUCGCUGUCUGGCUCUCACAUAUCCUCCUCUACCACUGUUGUCAAUGGACCACUUGACGCUGAUGACGCGCCUUCGUUCACGAGCUUGGAAGGGCAGGCCCCUGCUCAGCAGCUCGCGGAGCUAGACAACCAACUCGUGAUGCAGAACCGUAUCCUGGAGGGCGCAGAGAAUAUGCUCAAGGUCACUUUGACUGAUGCUCUCCGACUUCAAGUCGAGUCUGAAUUGGACAUGGCCAGAAGUCGAAUUGAGGCUAUCACCAAUAAGCGGAAGGAUAUACAGUCUUCUAUUGACAAGGGCAAGCAAGUCAACGGCGCGGCAGCAGUGAAGCGCAAGUUUUUCCAGGCAGGCCAUUCCCCCUCUCAAGCUAAACCAGUGAAAGAAGACACCGACGAUAAAGGGGACGACUUCCGUACUAUGCUUCAGAAUGCGUCAAACUGUGUGUCCAAUCUGCUCUCACUUGCCCGUCCGAGUACAUCGCCACAGACCACCCCGGGCGCUUCCUCAUCUACCGACCCUCCCACUUCCAAUAUCCCCGAAGCAGACAGGCCGUGGAUUGAUGCAAUGUCUAGGCUUACAGUCGUCCUCCAGAAGAAUUUACGUGUUCGUUAUGAGUUGAAUCUAGCAGAUGUCGUCCAAGCUGUCAUACCAGCGCUUGCAGAUAGGCGUUCGAAACAUUGUCGCGCAGCUGCCUAUCGUGUCAUAAGGCAUGCCCUGGUGGAUCAUGAUUCAGUCAAACGUUUGGGAGAACAGGCGCUGGAUUGGUACAUUGUAAAGUCUCUCAAUCGCGACAGCAAGUACGUCGUUGAGAAAGAGCAGGUCAUCAAGCUUAUCCGAACUAUUGUUGACAUCGGUACGAUUCGCCACGACUCACAUUCGUCCACGGGAGGCUCUGUGGGUGUUGUCCCUCUUUCCGAGCCCGUCAUGCGAGCAUUUAUCGCAGUCGCGGAGCAUGUUGAAGACCCGUUCAGACCUAUCUGUAUAUUGACGUUGACCGAAAUACUUCUCAUCGACAUUGAUCUCGUUGCCAGAACGGGUGGAACUCGCUUUUUGCUUCAUGCCUUGGGUGAAGGACCGGUUGAAUUAACUCCCAUUUUAUCCGCGGCUUUCUUGCACAUAGUGGAUAGUCCUCGGACUCGAUCUUACUUUACCGUUGGUACCGAUCUUGAGACUGCAUUGUCUGCGGUCACCGAUGCCUAUGGUAAAGGCCCCGAUCAUGCUGAACGGAUGAAAAGUUGCACCCAAGUUAUACAAGGCAUGCUUCGAACCUGGAGUGGUCUCAUGUACUUUUGUAUGCACGACAUGCGCGCACUGCGAUCUGUGAUAGAGACCCUUCGAAUCCCCUCUGUGGAAACAAGGGAAAUCAUUUUAAAUAUGUUCUUCAGCCUUCUCAAGAUCAAGACACCGGAAUGGUACCAAACCUUUAUCGAUGGAAGAAGAUUAACAAUGUACAGGAAGAGUCGUAGUAGUAUCGAUCAACGCAAGGAAGCCGAACAAGCGGAUCGUACAUCCCCAACUUCAAGGUUGACUGACCACUAUAUUGCCCUAUUGGUCCUCAUUUUCACAAACGCGGGGCUGCUUGAUGCGCUGACUUCUAUGCUGAGUGAAACUACAACGGGCACAAAUCUCUCGCGAAAGGCAACGCUUCUCAUGGCAGAGGUUUUACAAAUUGCAAAUCGAGUCCUGCCACUUUCUGUAGCUGCGAGAAUACAGGCUAUCCCGCAAAUUUUUGAUAUGGCAGCAGAUUUCGGUAACGGUGAACACCGAAUCAUUGGGACAUCAGCAAUGUCCGCUAUCGACAGUCUUGAUCGAAACCGUGCACGACUACAACCCGGACCCGUCAAACAAACCCGUGUACGGGCUAACUCUGUGGAGGACCCUGUUCGCCGCGGACAGCGUCAGGUAGAGCAAGCAAAGCUGAAGAUGAACAUGCAAAUGGAUGAUAAAACAUUCCAGUCCUGUGUUCUGGAAACUCAAGUGAUGGUUACAAGAGACUAUACGAAAUGGAAUUUUGACGUGUUACAAGAGCUCAUUGAAGGACCUCUGUUAAAUCCGAAGCGGAUGGAGGAGGCGAUCAGGGCAGCAAAGUUUAUCCGACGCCUUAUGUCAUUCUUCCACCCUUUCAGUCAUCGUUUCUCGGAGAUUCCGAAAAAUAAGGCUAAUCUUCGGUGGGCCCGGUUAGGGUGUUCACUUCUGACAACCUUGCUAGCUAGCCCUGAUGGAAUGAGGUUCCUAUCUAUGGAAGAUCAGUUUCUUACGCAGAUUGUCAAAAGCUUUGCUCAGCUUGAUCCCUUUAAUGGUCUUCCUGACCAAGAUCCGAUAUUCUCAAAAAAGAGAGUGGCUGACACUUUGACCUAUGGGUAUCUGGAGAUGCUCGGGACACUCAGUAAACAUAAAGAGGGCAUCGAAUUAUUGGAGAAAUUCAAGAUAUUCACCGCGUUCUAUCACCUAAGCGAGCUACGAAGUCGGGAGGAUCUCAUCAAAGGUAUCAUAGAGAACCUUGACUAUAGCAUCGAUGGACACCCUCGUAUCAUCUUGUCAAAAGCCCUUACUUCUAGCUAUAAGCACAUACGUCUCUAUGCGACACAGCAUCUUGGUGAUCUUAUUCGAGGCUCAGCUAACAAUGCGAACGUGUGGACUUUAAGACUUCUUCUGACGCAGCUUUAUGAUCCUGCACCAGAAGUGUGCGAAAUGGCUGCUCGUUUCCUCGAAGAGGCCUGUGAGUCCAAAGAAAUUCUUCAGCUUGUCGUCGAAAUGCGACCCACCAUGGAUCAUUUGGGUGAAAUUGGAAAUCCCUUACUUUUAAAAUUCACAUCUACCCCUAUGGGCUUUCGAUACUUGCUUGACGCUGGAUAUAUUGACCGAGAAUUAGACCUAUGGUUCAAUGAGCGGAAUCUCUAUUAUGUAGUACAAGUAGAGGUUUUCCUUUCCAAGGUAUUCCACGGUUCUAAUACUUCAGAAGAGGAAGAUGAUUCCCUCGCCUUUGAGGGUACGGUACCACCUCAUUUCUACGGUGAGAUGUCGAAAACCGAACUGGGCUGUCAAAUUUUGCAAGAGAAAGGACACUUUUCCGAUUUCACCCAAUUCAUACGUCAGCAUGGUCUUGAGGGAGAAGAUACGGAAAUUAUCAUGAAGUUAAAAAGCAUCUUAUGGGCAGUGGGUAAUGUUGGAGCCACCGAAGGAGGCUUAUCGUGUCUUGAGGAAGAGGACAUUAUUCCAGCGGUAUUAGAUAUAGCCAACAACUCUCCGAUACCAUCAGUUCGUGGGACUUGCUUCUUCGUCUUGGGACUAGUUUCCUCGACUUCCCAAGGCGCGGAGAUCCUUGAUGAUUAUGAGUGGGAGGCGACGGUGACACCACUCGGAUUGCCCACUGGACUAUGUAUACCGAUGGAUGCGGAGAAAUUCAUUACUAUACCACCCUGGACUCAACACACCCCGGAAUCACGCCAGUCUCGCCUUAUACCACCAACUUCUGAGGUUGAGCUCGAAGUUAUCACAGCCCUUCAGAACCUCUCAAACUCUGUUAUUGCAAACGCAGCAUCUCGAACAUUGACCAAGAUGAAAUCACGACCUGAGUACCGCGCAGUGUUCUCCUCACCAACGAUGUUUUUCCGAGCCCUUCAUAUGAUAUCAAUGCAACGGUAUCGACUGCCAGUUCGCAGAUAUAUCAUGGACUUGUUCACCGUUGAAAUGGACUCAAAUCUCAUUGCCAAGCUAUUGGACGCAGCAAAAUCCUUGGAGGCUCAUCCUGACUAUAAACCACCAAAGUCUGCGGCGAAUCGGGUAAGCAUAUUUAGCCGUCUGGGACGAAGUCGCCGGCCAGAGGAGAGUGACGAUGAAGGCGAGGAUGAUGGACCUGAGGCAGAGGAUGUUCCAUUGUCGAAAGAUCCACCGCCUAUUAGUUGUCGUCCUGUGAGCAGGAUUAUUGGGUUUGAGUGACUGUACAGUUUUAUAGUUGAUGGACUACUGGAUAUCAUUAUCUUGCGUGUUGUAUCUGUACUAUUUAAAUAAUUGCACAUUUGAUUAAAUG